AUGGACGAUGCAGGAACCCGCUCAGCACAGGGUAGACAGCCCCUGACAGACGCUGCUGCUCGAGUAAACCACGGACCAACCAUUAUAACACCUGGAAUCGAUGGAACGACGCCUCAUCAUGAACAUUUGAAGUCCUUCGAAUCUCCACAACCGCAAACCCUACACAAUUCGCCAGUGGUGGUUCCUGAUACGGCGCGGCUCUCUGUAGCUACCGACUCGCCAGCUCAUUCAAAUCGAAACUCAGCAAUAUCCACCACUUCGACGGCGUCAGGAAAAGGGAAACGAAAGACACAUGUUGGACCAUGGCAACUCGGAAGGACAUUAGGGAAAGGCGCCACUGGGCGCGUGAGACUGGCCAAACAUGCAGUGACUGGACAAGCCGCCGCAAUCAAAAUCGUCUCCAAGAAAUCGGCAGCCAUGGUUCAAAGUGAAAGUAUAGCCGCAAUGGAUAGGAAUGCGUGCCUUUUAGGAGAUAACCAAGCUACACGGCCAAUGCCGUUUGGAAUUGAGCGAGAAGUGGUGAUUAUGAAAUUAAUUGAGCAUCCUAACGUUAUCAACUUGUACGACAUUUGGGAGAAUCGAGGUGAACUUUACCUUGUCCUUGAAUAUGUUGAAGGUGGAGAGCUGUUUGACUACGUAUCGACUCAUGGCCCUCUUCCUGAGGAAGAAGCGGUUCGAUUGUUCCGGCAAAUAAUCUCUGGUCUUGCAUACUGCCAUAGAUUCAACAUCUGCCAUCGCGACUUGAAACCCGAAAAUAUACUCUUGGACCCGAGUCACAACGUCAAAUUGGCAGAUUUUGGUAUGGCUGCUCUACAACCGGCCGGCCAUUGGCUCAACACCUCAUGCGGAAGUCCUCAUUAUGCUGCACCAGAGAUUAUCUACGGCCGAAGGUAUCGCGGUGAUAAAGCCGAUAUUUGGAGUUGUGGAAUUAUCCUCUUUGCGCUGUUGACUGGCUUCUUGCCGUUUGACGGUGGUGAUUUGUCGAAUACUUUGCAAUUGGUGAAGAAGGGAAACUAUCAUAUACCAACGUGGUUGUCAGUGGAGGCAGCGAAUAUGAUUCAGAGGAUUCUACAAAAGAGGCCAGAGGACCGAAUCAGUAUACAAAACAUGUUUAAUCACCCCCUCCUCAAAAAGUACGAAAUCCUACACCAAGCAAUGUCUCAGCAUCCACUUGGACCUCCACCGCCUCUGUCCGCCAAAGAUUGUGGUCCCGCCGUAGCCUCUCGCGCUGAGAUUGAUCUGGAGCUCCUCCGAAGUCUUCAGACCUUGUGGCACAGCGCUAAUACAGAAACUUUGAUAGAGCGGCUUCUAUCUCAAGAACCGAACCACGAAAAAAUGUUCUACAAUGCUCUCAUCAAAUUUCGUGACGAACAGUUAGAGAACUAUCAUGGGCAACCCCUGGAAUACUCGGCAAGUGACUAUCAUCACAUAUCUCGACCACCUGCUGCCACGAGGGCAGUAGCGAAGCACUCGAAAAAUGGUCGAAUCCAAGGACAUUCCCGCCGUCGAUCUCAGUUCUCCAUCCUCACUGAAUCAAGUCGGCGUAGUAAUAGUGGAAGAGAGCCCAAAUCUUCCGCAAGCUACGAUCCGUUCAGGGCUUCCCGGACUCCUGUGGCUACGGCUACGGCGCAAUAUGCAAGCGUAACCAUCCAUCGAGAAGACAAUGUCCACAAAACACCGGAGGAUAUAGUUGUGGAAGUGGAGGGCUCUCUGCCUUCAUCUCCUCCGAGAGCAGAUGUCAUUCCAAGUUCGUCCGUCGAGAUUAUUCAGUGGAAUAGGAAGAAGAAAUCACAACUCUCGUUUCACUCAAGGAGUUCCUUGGCCACCUCUCGUCGUGGAUACAGCCCUGCUCCUCAAUAUCGGGCUGGAUAUAGACGGAAUGUAUCAUUUCGACAUAUUAGAAACAGAUCCGGUGGAGGUUCCUCGGCCAAGUCAGCAACAGAGCAUUCCAAGUCACAAAGUUCCAUUGCACAUUUGCUAGCCAACGAUAAAAGCUCCAACCUACUCACUGGCACACAAUCUCCCGGACGAAUGAGCAGUCCGGUACUUCCAGCACAACCUGCAGUGGUUCGUACUUCGGAAGUCGUUGCCAGUCUAGAACAGGAUAUACUGGUGAGGAAGAUCCGCGAUAAUUUCUGGGGAGAAGAAGCAAGAAAGGUCUCCCACGAGCUCAGUCAAAUCUGCGAGGAGGCCUUCAACAGAUCGUCGGUGUCUACUCGGCACACAGCCGUUAGCACUGAAACUACUGCCACAUCAAUGUCUAUUCAUGAAGAAGAAGCGGAAAAGUCUAGAGCAGAGAAGAGUAGUGAUGAAUUGGACAAGAUUGGGGAUUUACCAGCAUCUUACACUGUGAAAGAACUUGCUGAAACGCGUCGCAAACUUAUAGAGCACUCUACAAAGGCCGAGGCUGCAGGUCUCCCAGACUACUUGUGUGAAGUGAUAGCGCAUCUUGAUCGACUGAUUGAACAAGAUAUUGCGCGCAAUAAAGCCAAGACUGAGUUUGUUGAAAACCCAAAUAGACGUACACUGUCUGAACCACUCACGAAACCUGUGGAUACGGGCUACUUGCCUUCUAUUUCCGAAGAGAUAUUUACGCCGUUAGAAACCUCCAGUCGUUAUGAUUUACAUCGUGUUGAUCAUCAUGCUACACCUGAUCCGUCUCCUAGGGUCUCGCAAAACCUCGAAGCAAAGUCUACCAUCAGAGUGGUUCCAAAGGAUUCUUCCUUGCCAUCCAUCGAUGACAUUAAACCUUUGACAAUCCGAAAGCGAAACGCCGUAACAGACGCGCCUUCGCCUCUAAGCAAAUCGCGCCACAGUUCUGCUGACUCUGUGAUUCAUAUUCGCAAACAAGGUGUUUCAUCUGAACAACGUACAAGCAGUGACUCCGUCGCAACUAGUUUACGUUAUAACUCACGGGCUCCGAUGGUCUUGGAAACAAUAUCAGAAAGCUCGGAUUCGCGUCGGUCCAGUGCCAAGUCAUCAUCUAAUGGAGAGAAGAAGUGGUCGUGGUUUGGUAAACAGAAAUCAUAUGUACAUGAGGAAAACAUUCAGGAAGUGACUUUGCCAAGUGUGAAGACGGCACCCGCUGGUUCGGUCAGUAACACUGAGACGUCUACAGAUGCAGGAGAGAAGAAACCUCCGAGAAAAGCGUCAGGAGAAAAGUCCCGUCCUAGCUUUCUCAAGAUGUUCACGAAGAAAAAAGCAGAGAGGGUGGACAGUGACAGCCUGACAGGAGACUCAUCACAAGAUCAAGAUGAUACUCUACGUCAGGUUGAAUCUAACGAUACUGCGAUUAGCCAUGUCCCGGUCCAUUAUAGCGGUCGUCGUGCACGACGACCGUCAGGUGCCAGUCAGAAUUGGUUUGCCCGAUUUUUCCAUGUUAAGCCUGCUCUAAGAGUCAUGGCAUUCAACGUACCUAAAGCAAAGAUCCGCAAGGAGAUUUACAGGACGCUUCGUGAUUGGAAAGUCUACGGAAUGAACGAUGUAUAUCUCGAUAGGGCUGAAAAUGUGGUCCGUGGACGUGUUUGCGAGAAAAACUUCCUUCAUCUACGUCCAGUUGAAUUCUCUGCGGAAUUCUUCACUGUACUCGAACACAGUCGUCACGCCAACCUAAGUCUUGUUCGUUUCCGUCAAGAACGCGGUGCAGCCUCGUCAUUUCACAAGGUCCUCGAUCAUUUGGAGUCGUUCAUGAAAAAGAAGGGAUUCAUCGUCCAAGAUCCAGUGCGGUCGAAGAAAAUGGUCAAGAUUUUGGAUAACGUUCCCUAAUUGAUCCCAUUAUCUUUAUACCUUUUUGUUUCCGUUUUGUCCAAUCU